AUGGACCGACCAAGUGACGAUGAUGAAGAUGCGGAGUUGGACCUCGACCUCCUGGCGAUCAACGAGGACGACGUGCGUCAAACCGUCUACAAUCAGACUGGCAAGCGCAAGAGUGAAGCAAGACCCGGCAUGUCACGGUCAGCUCGCCCUCGAACUGGGUUGGAACAAGCAAGUGCGCCGGAACACGUCUCCAACCGUCACCAGAAACGACGAUCAAGUGCUCCAGAAACGAUGUCUGAUGACGAAGAAGAUGCAAGCGUGUACGAUCAAGAUGACGACUUGACGCCUCCAACAUUUUGGCGUGCAAGUGCAAACGCAGUGGAAGCAACGGACCUAGCAGAACCUGUGACUUUUCAAGACGCGAUCAAUGGUCCUGAUCAAACUCACUGGCGAAAUGCUGUGAAGGCGGAACUCAAGUCGAUGCAUCUUCGUGGAGUUUUCCGUGCGGCAAAACUGCCAAGAGGCCAAGGCGCGAUCGGCACCAAGUGGGUGUUCAAGAUCAAGCGCAAAGCGGAUGGAUCGGUCGAGAAAUACAAGGCGCGUCUCGUUGCCAAGGGCUUCAAGCAGAAGUACGGCAUCGACUACACAGAGACGUUCUCGCCCGUGGUCAAGUACGUGACACUGCGUAUGGUGAUCGCGAUCACCAAGUAUUUCGACUGGCCACUGGACCAACUCGAUGUGGUGACAGCCUUUCUCUACGGAGUGAUGAAGGAGAAGGUGUACUGCGUGAUACCAGAAGGCGUCGAGAUGGAUGGCGACUUCGACUGUCUCGAGUUGGUGAAGGCGAUCUACGGUCUCAAGCAAGCUUCACGUGUGUGGAACGAGACUUUCGACGAGUUCGUAUGCUUUAUCGGUUUCGAAGCGUCGGCGUUCGACCCAUGUCUCUACAUCAAGGUUGUCGACGGUCACUGUGUGCUCGUGCUGGUCUACGUGGAUGACGUGUUGGUAACCGGCAGCUCGCUCGAGUUGAUUGCGCAGACGAAGGCCGACCUCAAGACGCGUUUCGAGAUGACCGACAGUGGCAAGUGUACUUUUGUACUGGGCAUCGAACUGGUGGACGAAUCGGAUGGCAGCGUGACAAUGUGCCAGCGACGGUAUGUCAACGACAUCCUCAAGCGCUUCGGCAUGGAUGAGUGCAAGGCCACAGCAAGUCCGGUCGACUUGAGCACUCGGCUUGUCGCAAGCACCGAAGCGGCCAAGAUCGACGUUCCGUUUCGUGAAGCUGUGGGAGCUUUGAUGCACUUGACGACUGCGACGCGCCCGGACAUUGCGUAUGCUGUGGGGUACGUCUCGCGCUUCAUGGAGAAUCCGCAGCAAGAACAUUGGACGGCGGUGAAGCGCAUCUUUCGUUACUUGCAAGGGACCAAGUCGCACGGAAUCCGCUUCCAGCCAAGCGACAAGAUCGACUUUCGUGGCUACUCGGACGCGGACUGGGCCGGCGACCACGCUGAUCGCAAGUCGACUUCGGGUUACACUUUCAUGCUGAUGGGUGCUCCUGUGAGUUGGGGAAGCAAGAAGCAGUCAAGAAGGCAAGUGGGUGCAUCGCCUGCUAUGCGAGAUUUUGGCGGCCGCAACGAACCAGGACCGGACCUCGUCAUCCGUGAAGACAACCAGUCCUGCAUCAAGAUGACAAAGAAUCCGGUGAAUCAUGGCCACGCCAAGCACAUCGACAUCAAGUACCAUCACAUCCGUGAUGAGGUCAAGCGCGGGGAAGUGCAGCUCGAGUAUUGCGAGACUUCCGUGAUGAUGGCGGACAUCAUGACCAAGGGACUUUCGGGACCUCGUCACAAGGACUUGACGACGGCUCUCGGCAUUCGUGCGAGUUCGGAUUGA